UAAAAAAUGAGUUCUAUUUUUUUGUUAGGAAGUUCAAAAUUUCAAAAGUUGCUGUACUUUUUCGGCUGAAUUUGGAGCGUCCAGAGAUUAAGAACGCCAACAAUGUCUCGGCAAGACUGUCACCAGUCAAGUGUACGAAUGGUUGGUUUUGACCCAUCAAAAAUCCAUUGUACACAUGGAGCUUUGACCGAUUCGUUUGGUUGGUUUGUUCAAGGAGUGUUAGCUGGCUUAGCUUUCACUUGUCUCAUACUGAAAAGGUUUUGUGAACCUACGGUACACAGAAGGCCUUGGAUUAUCUGGUUUUAUGACACAUCAAAGCAAGGUCUUGGAGCUCUAGUCAUUCAUUUUGCAAAUGUGUUUCUGGCUGAAUUCUUCCAUGGAGAUCCAUGUACUUGGUACAUUGUCAGCUUUCUUUUGGAUUCUUCCAUUGGGUUGUUCAUCAUUUUUGUUGGAAUACGUCUUACCCAACACAUUGCUCGAAAGAAAGGGUGGAAUAACAUUGUAUUUGGAGAAUAUGGUUAUCCUCCAAAAAUAAAUGCUUGGUUGGCUCAAUGUGGUUUAUAUGUUGUAAUUGUUGUUGUGGAAAAACUGUUAAUCACAUUACUGAUUCAGCUGAGGUUCUGGAAAAGUGUUAGGGCAUUCAUUAUGUCUCCAAUAACAAAUGCUAAGGUAGAAGUGGCCAUAGUAGUGUUGAUAAUACCAUUUAUCAUUAAUGUCAUCAUGUUUUGGGUGACUGACAAUUUCUUGAUGCACAAACAUGGCCGCUGGAAGGAAGAUGAUGGCACAGUCACAAAGUUACGAGUGCAGUACCAACCAAUGGAUAAUCACAGUAACUCUGAAGCAGAAAUUCUUUUAUCAGAUGAGGAGACUGGGGGACCAGAUGAACUUGCAUAUCAACAUCGUCAUUCCAAUUCCUUGCCAGUUACUUGACUUGGUAUCUGAUAUAUUCCAGGUAGCAAAUUAGUAUCCAGAAAAAAAGAAGCCAAAUAGUUACAGUGUUUGCUAGAUUUUUUUUUUCUCUUGCAGUAACUUUCCAUUGGUGUGUUUAGCAGUACUACAAUGAUACACAUCACAAAGACACAAUUAUAAUUUUUUGACUGAUGGUAAUUGUCAGGGUGGCAUUGUUUUUUCUCACCAAAAAAUUGUUUUUUUUUUACCAGUGCAUUUUUUCACGCAAUUUCUUUUCGUUGUAAUUGAGUAACUGUUUAAAUCAAUUGUUUGUUACCACUUAGUUGGCUGAUGGGUGUGCAGAGCUAGGUUAAAUACUGUAUUAAGUUUUUCAUAAUAUCUAUAGUAUUAUAUACAUGGGUUCACAAUGAAAUGAAAAUUAUAAUUUAAUUGCGCUUUUUUCUUUUAUAAAAAUUUUCUUGAGCCCAUACUUCAAGCAGCACUUAGUCCUAAGAAAUUGAUUGUUAUUUUAUUUAUAUUCAUAUAUAUUUUGUUUUUACAGUGUACUUUCAUAAUAUUUGAUUCAUUUAAUUGAACUGUUACUAGAAUAUAUUUAAUGCAUGGAAGUUAUUUGUAAUUAUCUGUUAUAAUUACUUUCAGUUCUACACAGUAAUCCAAUUCAGAAAAAAACUGUGUUUACAACAAUUACUAGAAGUGAGCAGGAGAUAUUAUUUAUUGCAGUGACUUUAUUUUGAUGUAAGUUGUGUGUUCAUCCCUAAAGUUUAGUCCUACAAAUUGGACUGUUAUGCUGGACAUUUGUGUAAUGUUUUUGGUAAUGACAAUAAUACAUCAGUCUCGUCUUGAUAAUCAGCAAUAUAUUGAAUGUGGUCAUAUUAAGUUCGAUAUUUUUAGUGUUCUUAUUUAUGACUCUUAAUUUACAAAUCAUAUCUAAGCACUAGUAGUCAUCAUUUUCAGAGUCUUUCUGUAGAUUUGAUUUUUUUUUUAUUAACAGUGAUUGAUUUUUUAUGUCUUUCUGUAUACAACUCGUAGUGGAUUUGAGCAGAUUGUUUUUCUAGAAAGUAAUAAACAUAAGAUAAUAUUGUUUUGAGUUAGGAACAAAGAAGGAUUUCAACAUCAACUCUUGUUGAAGACAGAAGUGCUAUAAAGAUAGACAAUUGACUAAUUAUAUCAGAUAAAUGCAUUUUUAUGAGUAUUUUAAAGUUGUGUUUCUCAUAAAGCUACAAGUAUGAGUAACUACAAUUUUGGGUUACGAUCGUAACAUUUUAAAUAGCAUUUCUGUUUUUGUAUAAAUAUUUUAAACUCAUAAUCUAAUUAGAAUUGUUUAUGUUACAAUUAGAUUGUGAAAAAUAAAUAAAUAGAUUAAAAAUAUUCUAAAAUUUGGCAAACUUCAGUUUUGUAAUGAAACGUUUUUGUUAGUUUUUUUGCUGAUUUCAAGCAUAGUGUGGAGUGUCUUUUAAGUAUCACUACAUUCAAAGAAAUAAUGGUAACUAUUAAGCCUAGCUAGUAUGUAUAUGCAUUGCAACUAUUCAUAAAUUAUGUAUUAUGACCAAAUAUUAUGGUAAAUCAUCCAUGUACACCUUUAUUAGAAAACAAAAGUAUGUAUAUAUAUAAAAUCAUUGACAUAAUUUUUUAGUGGGAAUAUUACAUAUAUUUUUUAAUAAAAUGCUUCCUCUCUAAGGGUAUAAUAAUCGAAGUACAAAUUUCAAUGUUUUGUACUUCAAAAAUUGAACAUGAUCACGUUUCACUUUUAGAGACAAAACAUUUU